UUGCGGAUUUUUCAAGGAUCUUCGAGGGUAGUUUUAUCGAAAAUUAUCUACUUUUAGCUAUUCGAUAUCGUAAUAAUAUUCUUGUUGGGGUGCUAAUUAUUGCUACUCUCUUGGAGAAGGUUACAAUGCCAUUGCCGUAUAUUUAUUAAAAGCCAAAUAUAAAUGCAUCAAUAAGUUACAAAGCCAACAACAGAAGAGUAACAAGAGAAAAGGAGGAGAACGAAGAGGAGCAAAGAGCCCUUCUCCUUCUCCUUCUCCUUCUCCUUCUUCCUCCUCGGCGAUUCUCGGGAUCGACCAUGGGUUCCGUGGCGUCCAAGCAAGUGGAGAGGAGGAAGGCUCUGUCGACGGAGAAGAAAGUCCUCUGCGAUCUCAACACGAGCUCCGGAUGUCAAUAUGCUGGGUGUGAUUACAAGCCUUCUGACCGGAAGAAUUGGAUGGGAGGCCUCAACCCUGAGAAGCUCCACAUCAACAAGAUCGUAUGGCCCGGGACCCAUGACUCCGCCACGAACCGCAUUGGCAUCCCCCUCAUCACCCGACCCUUCGCCCAAUGCCAAUCCCUCUCCAUCUACCAUCAGCUCGUCCUUGGGACCCGCGUAUUGGACAUCCGGAUCCAGGAGGACCGGAGGGUGUGCCACGGCAUCCUCGUGACCUAUAACUUUGAUGUUGUGGUCAAGGACAUCAAGCGGUUCCUGUCCGAGACUGAGUCCGAGGUUAUCAUCCUGGAGGUCCGGACCGAGUUCGGGCACAAGGACCCGCCCGACUUCGAUAAGUACCUGGUGGAACAGCUUGGCGAGUACCUGAUCCACCAGGAUGACCGGGUCUUUCAGAAGACGGUCUCGGAGGUCCUCCCCAAGAGGGUCAUAUGCGUGUGGAAGCCUAGGAACUCCGCCCACCCCAGGGGUGGGGAUCCGCUCUGGUCUGCGGGCUAUCUGAAGGAUAACUGGAUCGACACGGACCUGCCCUCCACGAAGUUCGAUAGCAACCUCAAGCACCUAGGGGAGCAGCCUCCCAUUUCAUCCCGGAAAUACUUCUAUCGGGUCGAGAACACAGUGACUCCCAAGGCGGACAACCCAAUCAUCUGCGUGAGACCUGUCACAAACCGAAUCCACGGGUACGCCCGGCUCUUCAUUUCCCAAUGCUUCGCAAAGGGGUGUGCCGAUCGGCUCCAGGUCCUCUCGACAGAUUUCAUAGACGAGGACUUCGUCGAAGCUUGUGUGGGGCUCACGCAUGCUAGGAUUGAAGGGAAGGCUUAAGAAUUUUAAUUACGGCUCGUCAUUGUUUUGUGCAUUCUCCUCGUUUCUUGUAUAUUUCUCUAUACUAUGUGGAAUUGUCUUGCUUUUGCCAUCUGCUUAAUACACUUUCAGCACUACGACAAACUUUGAUCCUAAGGCAUUUGUUUGUGCAAUCCAUUGAGAUGUAAAAAGAGCUUGUGUUGUGUGGCAAUAAGAUUGAGGAUGUUCGGUUUCGAUGUA